UAAGGAGCUUUCAAGUAAAAAUAGUCAUGAAAUAGAAUUCAAUUUUCAUGCACUAAUGGGGAAACAAAAUAAAAAUAAGCAAUAUAAUAACAACGAAUCAACCCUUUAUAAUAUAAUAUCAAAUAAAAUAGCACUUAAAAAAAUCUAUUCUAGAGAUAACUUAUUUUUUGUCGAGAUAUCUACAACUAAUAACCCUGCAUAUAGACUGAGAUGUUUACUCGAUACAGGUUCAUCAGUAAAUCUGCUCAGAUAUGAAGCAGUCAAAUCGCUAAGAAUAGACCAAGUAAAUACAAAUGAUACUAUAACAAUAGCAGGAAUUGGUAGAAAUACAAAAACAAUGGGAUCAGUUAAUAUAGGUUUAAUCAUAGGAAACAUAGUAUUCCCAGCAAAAUUUCAUUUAAUGACACAUUUAUUAGUACCAUGUAUACUCGGAGGAGACUUCCUUCAAAAACAGGUAGCACAAAUUGGAAGAAAUUGUGAAUAUGCUAUUUUUGAGCUUGAUACUUGCAAGAAAAACUAUAAAGAAGACGAGUGUAAAGAAUUUACACAAGUCCAUACAUUUGUGGUGCGCUAUACUUUACAGUCACACUGGCAACACUGUAUUCAACGACGCCACCUAGAUUUAAAAAGAGAGAACCAUUAUUGACUUGCUCUAACAAGUUCAGUUUCCAUUUUGUAUUUGCGUUGUUAACUCAUGAAUAAAAUCCACUUCAGUAUUUCAACCAUUAAUCCUUCGACGUUUAAUUUCGUAUGUCGAUUUUUGUCGAUUUUUUCUUAUCGUUUCAUUCCGACUGCAUCCGGACUGCCACACAUCGAAACUUCGCCAAGGCGCCCAUUAGCAGCACACAAAAGAUGUCGAAUGAACAACUCCUGAAAAAUGAAAUUAUCCGUCUACAAGAAGAGUUGCAAGCAGCACAAGCAACCGCUGCAAACAAUGCUGCUGCUACGAGCAACGCUGCCGGCAGUGCAAUUGCAGUAAACAAACUCGGCAUCAAAAUUGAACCUUUCUGGAAGCGUGAUCCGACUCUAUGGUUUGCGCAGCUCGAAGCACAAUUUACGCUAGCCGGAAUAACUCGAGAAGAUACUCGCUAUUACCACGUUCUGGCAGCCAUCGACUCGGAGAUCCUCGCAUGCUGUUCGGACAUUAUUCGUGACCCUCCAGCUGAUGCCAAGUAUACUAAAAUUAAGGAAAGAAUUACCCAGGAAUAUAGCACAAGUGAACAAAAUCGCAUGCAGCAGCUACUACGCGGCUGCGAGCUGGGUGAUCGCAAACCAUCGCAGCUUCUACGCGAAAUGAGGGAUCUUGCCAGGGACGUUAUCACCGACGAAAAAAUUAUCAAAUCGCUAUGGAUGCAGCAACUUCCCGAAACCACGCAAGCCGUUCUUAAAGUGUCAGAAGCCACACUUCAAAUGUCGCAGCUUGCCGAGCAAGCCGACAAGCUCGCAGACAUCACCAGGAGUCAAAUCGUUUCUUCCGCUACAGUUUCACCGGACAGAAGCAAAGAGAUUGGCUUGGCAGAACUACGUACACACAUUUCCGAACUCUCAAACGAGCUAGCCGCUUUCCGUCGAGAGAGAAGCAGACCUCGUAACAGGAGUUUCAGCAGACAGCAGAGUUCCCCAAGCGGCUCCCGAGAGUACCAUCCGUAUUAUUUCUACCACAGAAAGUUCGGAUCCAAUGCUAAGAAUUGUCGAGAGCCUUGUCAGUUCAAAUCAAAAAACUAGC